UUGAUACGAGAAGCAAGCCCGUUUUCUCAGAGCGGCGGGUGAGGAAGGACGCGGGUAGCGCGCGCGGGGUUGUCGGUUACGGUUUUUCUCGUCUGUACUUUUUCUUUAGAAGUAUGUCUGACGGAACCCAGGGGAACAAAACUGUCGAGAACGCGUCGGCCGAAGAGCAGCGGGAAAUGCAGGAUAAGGUGAUCAGUCCAGAGAAGGCAGAGGAAGCCAAGCUGAAGGCGCGCUACCCCCACCUCGGGACCAAGCCUGGGGGCUCUGAUUUCCUCAGGAAACGACUCCAAAAGGGGCAAAAGUACUUUGACUCAGGUGACUACAACAUGGCAAAGGCCAAGAUGAAAAACAAGCAGCUGCCACUGGCAGCUGCAGAGAAGACUGAGAUCACUGGAGACCACAUCCCUACACCUCAGGACCUGCCCCAGAGAAAAACCUCUCUGGUGACCAGCAAGCUGGCAGGCUGAUCAGCGGGGUCAGGUGGCCCUUCUGUGCCCUUGUCUGUGUGUGUUACAUACCUCCCCUCCAUAAAUUCACCCUCUUGCAUCAUUCUAUCCCUUUGUGUUAAUCCAUUUCCUUUCUGCUGUUCUACUUUACCUCCACACCUGCAUGCUCUGAAAAGACAUACAAGGAGUAGGCAUGCUGCAGUGGUUCGCAGUUCCUGGAUGAUCCACGCUUGUCUGAUCUCGCACAUGAAGAGGGCUCAGUUCCCAAGGAGACCCAGACAAGUCUACUGUAAGCUUAAAAUGUACUGUAGAAAAUUAUGUACAUCUCCUAGAUUUGAGUUUCAAAUGAGUCAACAUUUUAGACUUUUACAUUUUAUUCUAUCAUUCCUCUUCUAAAUUAUAAAGAGCAUAAAUGUUUUUGAAAACCCUGUUUUGUUCAUGUUUACACUCUUUACCUUGUCCAUUUUGUUUUUCCAUCAUAGAUCACAAAACAAUUGCUAGGUCCUGUCUAAGGAAAAGAGCAUGUGUGAUGCUAUAUUCUGAGAGGUUGUUUGUCUGACUCUGAUCUUGAAUCCCUAAAAUGGCCUUAAACUCUCAAUUCAGCUUCAGCCAGACUUUCUCUUGGACAAUAUUUGUCCACAAAAAAUAUCCCUGUGACAAGUUGGGAAUGUAUGCUGAUCUGAGACCAGCCCUGCUGAGGUUUUGUGGAUUGGUAACUUGCUAAAUGAUGGAAAGUAUGCAUGAGCAUUGACUGUACUGUCACUUUGGUGCCAUUUUGUAAAUAAAAUAGUUUUGCACAAAUACCUGUUUCAU